AUGAUCCUUCCCCUGGUACCCGUGUCGCCCAGCAUCAAGGCGGUGUGCCCCGAUGCUGCAGAGCUGCAGAAGAUUGCCAAAGGCUACGUUGACAAAAUCAAAGCACAGCCCAAUGUCUUGGAUGCCAAACUCCUGAGUGUCAAGUGCGACUGGAUUGCUGCCGACCUCGUGCUGGUCAAGGUGGAGGUCCACGUGAUCAGCAAAGACACCAAGUCCCAAGACAGCCUGCUUCUCAACAUCGGCUCUCCCCCGGGGGGAACCACUGACGGCGGCGGCAGCGGCGGCGGCGGCGGCGGCGGCAGCAAUCCCAGCCCGACUGUGAGCCUGUGCAGCACCCCGGUGUUUGCUGGCACCUGCAACCAGACAACGGGCAACAACCUGAAGGUCGAUGGCGGUUGCGCCACCACGAACGACGUAUGCGUGCCGCCAGAGGUCAAAGACAAGAACUGCGUGGUCCCAGACCCAUCCAAUGGCGGUUACGUCACCAACCAGAACACAACCGGCGGCGGCAACGGCGGUGGCGGCGGCGGUGGCGGCGGCGGAACUGCGACAUUUGAGGGGUGCUGCGUCGCCAAAGGCGACAAGGCGACGACCACAACAACUACCUGCACAAAGGUUGGUUGCUGUUUCACGCGGGACGAGUCAGCCCUGUCUUGA